GAAGUUCUCAGCCCACUGAGACUCUCUAUCAACCCUUAGAUUUCCCGCCGCAGCUGGGUCGGUGGGCUUUGUCAUUAUGGCUUCUGCACGGAAGAAGCAGCAAACGAUAUCCUCCUUCUUCAAGAGACCUUCUUCGACUCCUACGCCGAAAUCUCGUCCGCAGAUCUCUACAGAAGACGAUGAUGACGACGAUGGAUUGGUAUUACCUACGCCGAAGAGACGCCGCAUCACACCUGUCGAAGAAGACACAGACAGAACUGAGCAUGUGGAGGAGGAGGAAAGUGAGGAACCCGUCAUCCCGCUCAGACCUGUUGUUGCCAACGGACAAUCACUCGCCCCAAGUGACGCCCGGGGAUCAACGAGAACCGCGAAAUAUUUUUACUCUUCAUCCCCUCAACAGGAAAACCAGGGUGUCGAGGAAAUCAGCGGUGCCGAGAAGAAACGAAGAGAUGAACUACACCGCAAAUUUGUGAAGAAAUUGGGAAAGCCAGACAGCAUCGCUGAAAUCAAGAGGCGAAACCGACUGCUCGAAGAUGAUGCCGCAGAUCAGGACAACGAGGAUGGAGAGGAGGAGCCUGUCGACGAAGCACCGAGAUCGACCAGUCGAACCAAGAAAGGUGGCAAUAAGUUGACGCCGAUGGAAAAACAAGUCUUGGAGAUCAAGAGAGCGCAUAUGGACACCUUGCUCGUGGUCGAAGUGGGUUACAAGUUCCGUUUCUUUGGCGAAGACGCCAGGAUUGCGGCCAAAGAACUCAGCAUCGUUUGUAUCCCGGGAAAGUACCGAUAUGAUGAGCAUCCGUCCGAGGCGCACCUGGAUCGGUUUGCAUCUGCCAGUAUUCCGGUCCAUCGACUGCAUGUGCAUGUGAAAAGACUAGUCGCCGCGGGCCACAAAGUUGGUGUUGUCCGACAACUCGAGACCGCAGCGUUGAAAGCUGUCGGCGACAACAGAAAUGCACCUUUCGUGAGAAAGCUCACGAAUCUGUACACAAAGGGCACUUACAUCGACGACAUCGAGGGUAUUGAAGAGGAUACCCGAGCAAGCCAUGCCCCUCAGUCCCCGUCGACCGGGUUUCUUCUCUGCAUGACAGAGGUCAACACCAAAGGUUUUGGUAAUGACGAAAAAGUCCAUGUUGGUCUGGUAGCAGUCCAACCUGCCACGGGCGAUAUUGUGUACGAUGAUUUUGAAGACGGCUUCAUGCGCAGCGAGAUCGAGACGCGACUGCUUCACAUUGCGCCCUGCGAGUUUCUGAUCGUGGGCGAGCUCUCGAAGGCGACCGAGAAGCUCGUGGUCCAUCUAUCCGGCAGCAAGACCAAUGUUUUCGGCGAUAAGAUUCGGGUUGAGCGAGUUGCAAAACAGAAAACAAUGGCAGCCCAAGCACACAGCCACAUAUCGACCUUUUACGCGGACCGGCUCAAAGACUCCGGGCCAGAUGUAGAGAAGGCGGCGAAAGUCUUUGAUAAGAUCAUGGGUUUGCCAGAAAACGUGUCCAUCUGCCUCUCAGCAAUGAUCAACCACUUGUCCGAAUAUGGACUCGAGCAUGUCUUUCAGCUGACCAAAUAUUUCCAGCCGUUUUCCGCUCGAUCCCACAUGCUGCUCAAUGGAAAUACUUUGACAAGCCUCGAGAUCUAUUUGAAUCAGACGGACCAUUCCACAAAAGGUAGUCUGUAUUGGAUGAUGGAUCGAACGCAGACAAAGUUCGGAGGCAGGCUGCUGCGGAAAUGGGUUGGCCGACCUCUGCUGGAUGUACAAAGCAUUGAAACCCGACUCAAUGCUGUAGAGGAGCUUCUGAAUCCCGACAAAGCCGCUCAGGCCGAAAAGUUGAGACGUGUGCUGUCGAAGAUUAGGACUGAUCUAGAGAAAAGCCUCAUUCGGAUUUACUACGGCAAGUGCACGAGACCAGAGUUGUUGAAUGUUCUCCAGUCGCUACAGAUGUUGUCGACCGAAUUUGCGUAUGCGACGGAUGCGACAUCUACCGGCUUCGCCUCGGAUCUGAUUUGUUCUGCAAUGGUCUCUCUCCCCGUAAUUCUGACAGAAGUGGUGGGAUAUCUGGACAAGAUCAACCUUCAAGCCGCCAAAUCUGAUGACAAGUACGCCUUUUUCCAGGAUGCGUCGGAGACAGAGGCCAUUUCGGAGCACAAAUUCGGCAUUGCGGGCGUCGAACAUGAUCUUGACGAAUUUCGAUCGACUGCCGCUGAGAAGUUGGGCAAGAAAAAGCCAGUGGACUACGUGACUGUGGCAGGCAUCGAUUACUUGGUCGAAGUCGAGAACAACUCUCCCACGAUCAAGAAAGUCCCGGCAUCCUGGGCAAAGAUUUCGGGAACCAAAAAGGUGUCUCGAUUUCAUCCUCCAGAAAUCGUCAAGCUUCUGCGAGAGAGGGACCAGCAUAAAGAGUCUCUUGCGGCUGCCUGUGAUGAAGCCUUCAGAGACCUGCUAGCCGACAUCAGCACAAAGUAUCAGCUUUUUCGUGACACAAUCCAAAGUCUGGCAACCUUGGACUGCCUGUUAUCAUUGGCCAAUGUUGCGUCCCAGCCGGGCUACGUGCGCCCGAGUUUCACAGCUGACACUCGAAUCAAAGUGCAAGGCGCUCGCCAUCCUAUGGUCGAGCAACUCCUCAUCGAUUCUUAUGUGCCAAAUAACAUCUCCAUCUCCCAAGACUCGACGCGGGCUCUCCUUGUGACAGGACCCAAUAUGGGCGGGAAGUCUUCCUACGUCCGUUCUGUGGCCCUCAUCGCCAUCAUGGCACAAAUUGGGUCAUUCGUGCCGGCGGCAUCCGCGACGUUGGGUAUUCUGGACGCGGUCUUCACACGCAUGGGCGCGUUUGACAACAUGAUGUCUGGUGAAUCCACCUUCAUGGUCGAAUUGAGUGAAACGAGCGACAUUUUGAAACUGGCCACGGACCGCAGUCUGGUAGUGCUAGACGAGCUGGGUAGAGGAACGAGCACGCAUGACGGUGUCGCGAUCGCUGCCUCCGUACUUGAUUACCUCGUGAGAGAGCGCAAGUGCUUGACGUUAUUUAUUACUCAUUAUCAGGUGCUCGCACGCAUGGCAGAUGGAUUUCCGAAUGGGGAACUCAGAAACGUUCACAUGCGUUUCACCGAGACAGAUGAUGAGAACGUCACGUUUCUUUACGAAGUGGGAGAGGGUGUAGCACAUCGCAGCUACGGGUUGAACGUGGCGAGGUUGGCAAAUCUGGGAGAAGGUGUGAUUGAGGUCGCCAGGGAGAAAAGUCGCGAGCUGGAAGAGACCACAAGACAGAGACAGCUGGGCGGACUUGCCAGGGCGCUGGUGCAAGCAUCAGGCAGGGCUGGAGACAAGGGGAAGGUGGAUGGAGACAGCCUGGAUGCGUUGGUGGAAGGCAUUGAAACACUUUGAUGGGAUUGAUCGGCUGGAACGAUGUAGAUGGACACUCCUGGGUGUCUGAAUAAACAUACUGACCAGGAGUACAUGUCUAGGACUGCCACAAGAACACCUUUCGAUGUAUGAUAGUGGAGGCAGCAAGUGGAUUGAGCGUCUAUGGUGG